AUGCAACUCAAUCGCCCUUCUAUUUUAACACUGGUACUUAUUUUGGCUGUUACUCGAUCCACUACAUCCCACCCUAUCGGAACCAGCAAAUGGGUUAAGACAGAACAAUUCAAGGACCCCAAUGCCCGUGGAAUAUGGAAGGUCUUUGAGAAGGAUCCAUAUGAUCAGUUGCCUGAUCCACCGCAUGUCAAAUACAACGGGAAUCCAGCAUGGUCAACCAGCCAGAACAACGACCCACUAGACCAAGACACCACAAACGAUCGCUAUGCAAUAGGAACUUCCGAAGCGGGGAAACCAACAGUCUCAAUCCUGAUCCCAACAUCUGCAGAAAUACCCGAGGAAAUGCACAAACACUACAGCCAACAUACGGAAGAAAACGAACACUACUUCUCACAAGAAAACACAAUCAAUGUACCCGCUGCCCAGACACAGGAUCAAUACAGCGAGAUUCUACAUUACCUAUACACAAAGAAUACCCUGCAUAAUGCGCAUAAUCAUGCCUCACCUACAUCUUCCUCCCACUCCUCAUCAAGAUAUUUGACCUCUUUCUUUAUAUACCGAUUCUCCUUCCCGGCUUUAAGAUCUAAAGUCAUGAUGUUCCCACAUUAUCAUCUCCCGGGCACUUUUACGACAGUGAUUAUUCUCCUGGUGAUGGUUUGGGUUGCUAUUUUCACCAUUGGGUUGCUUGAACUGGGGAAUUAUCUUUGGAGACGAAGAGGACAGACUCUGGUUAGUGAGGGUGAUCGGGUUCCGGAUAGUGAGGAGCGAAAUCUGGAUCUAGAUGAGACGAUGAAGGUCCCCUUGAGAAUCAUUACUGCCCCUUCGGCAGUCACCCGGCCGCACUCUGUGGGAGAACAUGGGUAUGAUUCCCCGGUGUCCAUUUAUAGCGACUCCAAGUCGAACUCGGGUUCGGAAUCUGAUGAGGAUGAUUAUCGCAUUUUGUGA